CCCCUCUUCGCUGCCUUGUGCUUCCUUCGCUCCUCACUUCCAAAAACCCAAUAAAAAAGCGCACCUUCCCUCCGCUUUCCCCCACCUCCCUCGAUCCCCUCGCCGGAAGAUCCGAUCCAGAGCAAGCUGCGUAUCCACCCUGAUCGCUCUCCGCUCUGGUGGCACUCUAUGCUUGAAAAAAUAUCGUCCGGCAGAGGGAGGAAAGGGAAGGAAAUGAUAUCCCUUUAUUGAUGCGACGGGUUCUUGGCUGGGGUGGUGAGGUGCCGCUGGACAUGGGCUGCUUUUCUUGCUUCGACUCUCCUGCAGAUGAGCAGCUGAACCCCAAGGCAGGUGGUGGUAGGUAUGGAGGCUCUUCCGUGGCGGCAGCCGCUUAUGGUGGUGGCGUUGGCGUCGGCGUCGGCGGCAGCCGGCAGGGAGAGAGGGGCUACCCGGAGCUGCAGCACCCCAUGUCGGCGCCGCGCAUCGAGAAGCUCUCCGCAGGGAAUACCAGGGUGAAAAAUAAUGCUGUAGCAAGGGAGGCUUCUGUGCCAAAAGAUGCUAAUGGGAAUGCCAUCUCGGCACAGACUUUCACCUUCCGAGAGCUGGCAACGGCGACAAGGAAUUUCAGGCAGGAGUGCUUUCUAGGAGAAGGGGGAUUUGGACGUGUUUACAAGGGCCAUCUGGAGAGCACAGGCCAGGUUGUUGCUAUAAAGCAGCUUAAUAGGGAUGGGCUUCAAGGGAAUAGAGAAUUUCUAGUGGAGGUUCUCAUGCUUAGUUUGCUGCACCACCAAAACCUUGUCAGUUUGAUUGGUUAUUGUGCGGAUGGAGAUCAGCGCCUUCUUGUUUAUGAAUAUAUGGCAUUCGGAUCAUUGGAAGAUCAUUUGCAUGAUCUACCUCUUGACAAGGAUGCAUUGGAUUGGAGCUCAAGGAUGAAAAUUGCAGCGGGUGCUGCCAAAGGACUAGAGUACCUCCAUGACAAAGCUAACCCACCAGUUAUUUAUAGAGAUUUCAAGUCAUCAAACAUCCUCUUAGAUGAGAGUUUCCAUCCAAAGCUGUCUGACUUUGGUCUUGCCAAGUUGGGCCCUGUUGGUGACAAAUCACAUGUCUCUACGCGUGUCAUGGGAACAUAUGGCUAUUGUGCUCCUGAAUAUGCUAUGACCGGACAAUUGACAGUUAAAUCCGAUGUUUAUAGCUUUGGAGUCGUCUUGCUCGAGUUGAUUACUGGGCGCAGGGCCAUUGAUAGCACCCGUCCGCACGGAGAACAAAAUCUUGUAUCAUGGGCACGGCCUCUUUUCAACGACAGAAGAAAACUCCCUAAAAUGGCUGACCCAAGACUGGAAGGCCGAUACCCCAUGCGUGGUCUUUACCAAGCGCUUGCAGUGGCUUCCAUGUGCAUUCAGUCAGAGGCUGCAUCUCGUCCGCUUAUUGCGGAUGUUGUGACUGCUCUUUCCUAUUUGGCUUCUCAAUCAUAUGACCCUAAUGCUGCACAUGCUUCAAGAAAGCCUGGUGGCGUUCAGCGAAUAAAGGUUGGUGAAAAUGGGAGGGCAGUCUCCAGGAGCGACGAAGCUGGCAGCUCUGGCCACAGAUCACCAGGCAAGGAUAGGGACGACCCCCCUAAAGAGCUUCCUGGUAUCUUGAAUAACAAAGACCGCGAUAGGGAGCGUAUGGUGGCGGAGGCGAAGAUGUGGGGUGACCGGGAGCGGAUGGUGGCCGAGGCUAAGAUGUGGGGCGACAGAGAACGGAUGGUGGCCGAGGCUAAGAUGUGGGGCGAGAAUUGGCGGGAGAAGAAGCGUGAUGGAUCGAACCUGCAGGGCAGCCCGGACUCUCCAACUGAAGACGGGUAGGGCAGUCAAGGCAUUAUAGACCCGUGAAUGUGCCGUUCAUUUCUUACUUCAUCUGCUUUCCGGUGGGACAGUGGGGAGGGUUAGAUGUACAUUGUAGAGAGAGAAAGGGUGGAAACGGAGGGUCUAUACUCUGAUAUAGUGAAUGCAUGAGGUUGUAUUUGUAAAUUCUAAGAAAUUUUGUGAGAAUGAGAAAGGACACUUUU